AUGUGUGGCAUCUUUGGCUACAUUAACUAUCUGGUCGAGAAGGACCGAAAGUUCAUUCUCGACACUCUGGUCAAUGGCCUCUCACGUCUCGAGUACAGAGGAUACGAUUCGGCCGGUCUAGCAGUCGACGGUGACAAGAGAAAUGAAGUCUUCGCGUUCAAAGAGGUGGGCAAGGUUGCAAAGCUGAGAGAGCUCAUCGACAAGUCUGGUGUGGAUAUGACAAAGGUCUUUGAGUCUCACGCUGGUAUUGCACACACACGAUGGGCCACUCACGGUCAACCCUCACAACUCAACUGCCACCCACACAGAUCUGACCCCAAGUGGGAGUUUUCGGUCGUCCACAACGGUAUCAUCACCAACUACAAGGAGCUCAAAGCUCUUCUUGAGGGCAAGGGCUUCAAAUUCGAGACUGCUACGGAUACUGAGUGCAUUGCAAAGCUCGCAAAGUACCUCUAUGACUCUCACCCAGACAUCGACUUCACUACCCUCACAAAGGCUGUCAUCAAAGAGCUUCAGGGCGCUUUCGGUCUCCUCCUCAAGUCCGUCCACUUCCCCUCCGAGGUCGUCGCGGCUCGCAAAGGUUCUCCCCUCGUCAUUGGUGUCAAGACAGGCAAGAAGAUGAAGGUGGAUUUCGUGGACGUUGAGUACUCCCAAGGCGAAGAGUCUGGCUACGCUCUCUCCGCCGAGAAAGCUUCACACAAUGUUGCAGUCAAGAAGAAGGCUGCUGGCAGUCUGCUUGCCCCUCCAGACAAGAGCUUGUUGCACAGAUCACAAUCUCGGGCUUUCCUGUCCGACGAUGGCAUGCCUCAGCCAGCAGAAUUCUUCCUCUCCUCGGACGCGUCUGCCUUGGUUGAGCACACAAAGAAAGUCCUGUAUUUGGAAGACGACGACAUUGCCCACAUCCACGACGGCCAGCUUAACAUCCACAGAUUAACCAAGGACGACGGCACAUCGAACGUUCGUGCCAUUCAGACGAUCGAGCUUGAGCUGCAAGAAAUUAUGAAGGGCAAGUUUGAUCACUUCAUGCAGAAGGAGAUCUUCGAACAGCCCGAGUCAGUCGUCAACACCAUGCGUGGUCGUCUUGACGUUGCCAACAAGUCCGUCACUCUGGGAGGUCUGCGGCAAUACAUCAGCACCAUCAGACGAUGUCGACGAAUCAUCUUUAUCGCUUGCGGUACCUCUUACCACUCUUGCAUGGCUGUGCGCGGUGCCUUUGAGGAGCUCACUGAGAUCCCUAUCGCUGUUGAGCUUGCUUCCGACUUCUUGGACCGACAGGCUCCUGUUUUCAGAGACGAUACAUGCGUCUUUGUUUCACAAUCAGGUGAAACUGCCGAUUCCCUGAACGCUCUACGAUACUGCUUGGAAAGAGGUGCACUGACCGUCGGUAUUGUCAAUGUCGUUGGUUCUUCCAUCUCCAUGCUCACCCAUUGCGGUGUCCACAUCAACGCUGGUCCAGAAAUUGGCGUUGCAUCCACAAAGGCUUACACCUCUCAGUUUGUCGCAAUGAUGAUGUUUGCUCUAUCUCUCAGCGAAGACCGAGCAUCCAAACAGAAGCGGCGAGAGGAGAUCAUUGAGGGUUUGGGUAAGGUCAGCGAUCAGUUCCGCGAGAUUCUCAAGCUCAACGAGCCGAUCAAGCAGUUGUGUGCCAAGUUUUUGCAAAACCAAAAGUCCAUGCUACUUCUCGGUCGAGGCAGCCAGUUCUCGACUGCGCUGGAGGGUGCUCUGAAGAUCAAGGAGAUAUCCUACCUGCACUGCGAGGCUGUCAUGUCUGGUGAGCUCAAGCACGGUGUUUUGGCACUUGUCGAUGAGAACCUACCAAUCGUCAUGAUUUUGACUCGAGAUGAGAUCUUUAAGAAAUCUCUCAAUGCUUACCAGCAAGUCAUUGCUCGUGGUGGUCGACCGAUCGUCAUCUGCAAUACUGGUGACGAGGAAUUCCCAGCUGCCAAAGUUGAAAGAAUUGAGGUACCGCAUACAAGUGAUCUUCUUCAAGGUCUCCUCAACGUCAUCCCUCUUCAACUCAUGGCCUACUGGCUGGCUGUCGCUGAAGGCCUAAACGUGGACUUCCCACGCAAUUUGGCCAAGUCUGUUACGGUCGAAUAA